AAAAAAAAAUUUUCUCUGUGUUCGAGCUAUUGUUUGUUUUGGAUUAUUAUAGCAUUUUUUCUGUAAAUAUUCACUGAAAUGUCUAAUAAUACGAUGGCAGAAGUAAGCAUAGAUGGAGGGCCGAUAUUUGUGGAUGUAUCGGCGGACCAACAGUACCCUGUAUUGUACAAUCAAUUACUUUCAAACAAUACUGCUGAAUCGACUGUAAAAAACGAAGUUCAGGCACAGGAACCUAAUAAAAGCCCUGAGGACACACAAAAUAAGCCACAAAGCACAUCUGAUUCGGAAGACGUAGAUGCAUGCAUUAAAAUUGAGGAGCGUCGAGUGCGUUGUCCAGAAUGCAAACGGUUCACCGCUGAGACUGAAGAGAAAAUGCUCCGGCACAUCCGCAAAGUGCACCGUGGAGAAAACCCGUUCCAAUGCUACAUGUGUGACUAUUCCACGUACAACAAAGCUGUAUUCGAAGAGCAUGUCCGUAUCCACCAGGGAAUCAAACCGUUUAAAUGCUCGCACUGUGAUUAUAAGAGUGCUUCAAAAAAGAAUACAAAAAAACACGAGCUCGUCCACAGGGCAGAUAAUCCAUUGAAGUGUGCCGAUUGUGGUUUCAUCGCUCGACAUCCACGUUCGCUCGAUUCGCAUAAGGCAAAAGAACACCGUAUAUCACAGAAUGAUAGUCUGCACCAAUGCGAUGCAUGUCAGGCACAAUUCGUAGACGUGGCAGACUUAAGACGGCAUAAUAAGUACAAAAGAACUUGCAAAGCGUGUAAUUUCAAGGCAUGUUCGAAGAAACUUUACAAUUCACAUUUAAUGGAUCAUCACCAGAAGAAUAAUCAAGUAGUGAAAGUGAAGCCAGAUAUUAAACGUAAACUAUUCAACUGUGCACACUGCACGUGGUCAUCAAGUAACAAACCACGAAUAUUGUUACAUUUAAUUCAUCAUCCGAAUCAAGUGGUAGACGAAAACGAAGUUGACAUCUCUAUAUUGAGACAAGAAGGAAUAAUGCAAUGAAAUCUUAUUUAUUAUUAUUUAAGUACAUUAGCAAUUAUUAUUAUGAAUUAAUUAAUAUGGUAAAGGUCGUGGGAAGCCCCUGGAUGCGGGCAGCGCAGGAUCGAUCGUUGUAGAGAUCCUUGGGGGAGGCCUAUGCCCAGCAGUGGGCGUCGUACGGCUGAUGAUGAUGAUGACAUUAGCAAUUUAAAAGGUGGGCCGACGAAAUAAUGUCAGUGGCUGGAAACACUAAGACCUGGACCAGAUUCGUGGAUAACAAAAAAGAAUGGAGAGAAAUGGGGGAGGCCUUUGCCGAAGGCACACAGAUUAGUUAUCGUAGAUUAAGGAAAAACUUUAAAAUGUAACUUCUAUAUCUGAUAAAAGGCUAUAAAUAAAUAAAU